GCAUCUACAUCAAAAAAUACUACAACACAAACAAAUUUAGAAAAUGAUUUAAACAGCAGUAACAAAACAACCACUGGUACUGGAACAACAUAUGGCAAUAUUUAUGGCAGUCUUGACCGUAAAUUGAAAAUGCUGAAUGUGGGAAAUGGUCAUGCAGGGGGUGAAAGACGAAGGACUGUUCAAACGAGCAAUGAUCUUCAUGAUUAUGCUGAGAUUUACACUCCAAGCAAAGAAAUCAUGGGUGCUCUGGAUCCUGAUUUGGACAUAAGGCCUCCCACUCCACCACUACAUAGGUUUCCAUCAUGGGAAUCUAGAAUUUAUGAAGUGGCUGUGAAUGGUAUAUCCUUGUCACAUGAUGCUCUUCACACUUGUCCUAUCAUUCCCUCUCACAAAACCAAAAAGACGCCAGAUAGUUACAUGACUGAUUCAUUUACCGAUAUGAGCAUUCCGGUUUAUGCUAUGGUGAAAGGCAGAGCAUCGCAAAUUCGUUCGGUGCCAUUCACGGGUGAAUCUACUGAUUCAUCAGAUAAUGAGGACACUCGAAUCACAUCUACUCAUACCACAAGUGGGGAGACUGAAUCUAGUGCAUCUACAGGUAGUCCGGGAAGGGGAAACAAAGGAAGCUCUAACCAGAGUCCUGCAAAACAUAGUUGUACUUCUCCUACAAAAUCUGUAAAAAGAGAUACUUCGACAGAAUCUGUUUUAUCUGAUGAUUACGCUAUACCACCAGAUGCUUAUGCUGAUACAUAUAGCAUGGAUUCUGUAGAACAGACAAGGCUAUCUUCCAUAGUUUUAGAAAAUUCAAAAAAGGAUAUUUUUGAGAAAUGUGGCUAUCUCACUAAACUUGGUGGGAAAUUAAAAACUUGGAGAAGACGAUGGUUUGUUUUAAAGAAUGGUACACUUAGUUAUUACAAAACUCAGAAUGACGUGGGCAGGAAACCUCAAGGUCAGAUUUUGUUAGAUGAUGUUUCUAGAGUGAAUAGAGCUGAAGGUGCUUCAACUUUUGAGGUCGCUACAUCAAAACGAACGUAUUAUCUUACUGCUGAUUCAAACACAACUAUGGAAGAGUGGAUCAAAGUUCUUCAGAAUGUUAUUAGAAGAAACACUACUCAUUUAGCAAUCAGUAAAGAUGACAAUAAACCAUCCAUACAAGGAUGGGUCACUAAAGUAAAACAUGGUCAUUCUAGAAAAUGCUGGUGCUCGUUAGUCGGAAGAAUGUUUUUAUAUUACAAAACUCCUAAUGAUUCAAAGCCUUUAGGUCAAAUAAAUAUGAGAGAUGCAAGAGUCGAAGAAGUUUUGCAUGUAUCAGACAGUGAUGAAGAUGAUGAUGACUCUAUGGCAAAAGCAGAAUAUACUAUUGGUAUUUUUCCUAACCAUCAAGGCCCCACUUACUUAAUCAUGCCUGGCAAACAAGAAAUGGAUGCAUGGCUAUAUCAUUUAACUGUUGUUUCUUGUGGUGAUAAUUUAGUUGGUACUCAGUAUGAACAGUUAUUAGCAAGGCUGAUGGAAGUAGAUGGAGAUGAAAAUAGUGUGAUUUGGAAGCAUCCUUUGUUGUUAUAUUCGAAGGAUAGUUUGACUCAACCACUAACUAGUCUACCGUCCGAACAACUUCAGGCUGAGGCUGUAAAACUUUUCAAGUCCAUCCAGUUGUUCAUCUCAGUGCCUCUUGAUGCAUCGGGCAUUGACUACCACGUGGCCCUGGCCCAAAAUGCCUUGCACCAGUGCCUCAUGCAAACUGAACUUCAAAAUGAACUUCUUUGUCAGUUAAUGAAGCAAACAUCACGUCAUUCCUAUCAUAAGCCUGGUGUUCAACAACUCCUGUUGUGUGCCACACAAUCAUUGUUUUUAUGUGAUUCCUCUGAAAAGCUUUCUCCUACCUCAACAACAUCUCAUGAUCGAAUCCCACCUCCUGAAAGUAAACUUAACCCACCUCCAUUUGUGUUUGUACAAAGCUGGCAGCUAUUGGCUUUGGCUCUAUCUCUUUUCGUACCCAAAAAUAGAACUUUAUGGUAUUUGAGAAUGCAUUUAUCAAGGAAUGCUGAUCCUAAGACAGAAUCUGGGAAAUAUGCUAUCUUCUGUCAACGUACAUUAGAAAGAACUCUUUUAAAUGGUGGAAGGGAAAGUAAACCAUCUCGUAUGGAAGUGCUGAGUAUUCUUUUAAAAAAUCCUUAUCAUCAUUCUCUUCCACAUAGCAUUCCAGUUCACUUUUUAAAUGGCACUUACCAGGUGGUUGGUUUUGAUGGUUCAACCACAGUUGAAGAGUUCAUACAGACAGUGAAUGAAGAAGCAGGGAUAAGAGAUUCUUUGCACUCUGGUUUUGCUUUAUUUAGUGAUGAUCCUAUAGACAAAUCAUUAGAACACUGCCUUCAAAGUAGUGCUAAAUUAUGUGAUGUGAUAUCUAAAUGGGAACAAGCACUUAGAGAAAAACAUUUAGGCAAGUUUGAAAGCACAAAAGUUGUAAAACUUACUUACAAAAAUAGGUUAUGUUUUCGACAAUUAUUAAAAGCUGAAACUGACAAAGAACGUCUUUUAACUGCAUAUCAGAUUAAUGAAGAUGUUGUUAGUGGAAAAUUUCCUUUAAGUAAAGAACUUGCUCUUGAACUUGCUGUGUUAAUGGCUCAAAUAGAGUAUGGAGAUUAUAACGGUGACAAAGUGAGAUGUAGUUCUGGACCAACAACUCCACAGCAACAAAUGCAGAGUAUAUUAGAAAGAUUUUAUCCUGCUCGAUAUAGAGAUAAAAGUGAUGAAAAGCAAUUAUUAGAAAAUAUUAAAGAGAAAUGGUCGAGUUUACGUGGCCGUAGUGUAAUGGAUUGUGUUAGAAUAUACCUCAAUUGUGCCAGGAGAUGGUCACUUUGUGGUGCCAAACUUUUUAGUGCCAAGACUCAACUUAAACAAGGUGAACCUAUUUCUGUGUGGUUAGCAGUCUCCGAAGAUAGCAUUACUCUGCUAGAUUUUACAACAAUGCAACCAUUGGUACGUUAUCCAUAUGGGGUCAUUGUUACUUUUGGAGGUUGCCGUGAUGAUUUUAUGCUUGUUGUGUGCCAGACCACUGACCAGAAAGCCUCAGGAGAGGGUAUCCAAGUCACAGAAAGAUUACUCUUUUCCAUGCCUAAACCUAAAAUUCUGGAAAUAACCUUAUUGGUAGCAGACUAUAUGAAUGCAAUUGGAAGAACUGGAAGUGUUUCUGCCACACUUGCUCGUCUAGAUAAGAUUCGAUCUUCCUCUAAAUUCCGCUCUUCAAUUGCCCCAGAUAGUUUUCCCCGUGGAGUUCACGAUGCAAGUGGUCUACAUGAUAACAAAGCUAUGUCAUCCUCUAUCGAGCUGGAUAACAGACGAGGCGCUUUCAGUAAAAAACGAGCAGGAAGUGACUACAGUGCUGUAUAAAUGCAUGCCAGUCAUUCUAGAUGGACAGCCAUUAUGCACUUUACCAUAAUCAAAUCUGCCUAAAGAAGCAAACAAAUAUUAUGCCAACCAAAAGAAAAGUCACUGGUCUAAUGACUAAGAAUGAAAACUGGUAAUUUGACUGAAAUUUAAAUCCUACGAGUAUUUUAUUGUUUUUUCUUUGUAUGAUUGAAUAUAAAUUAGAUUUCUGAAGAAAGUCCUCUGAAAAAGCAUCCUUCCUUAAGUUAUAACAUCUUGUAUGCUUUAAGCAGAGGAAUUCUUAACAGUGGGAACCUUACACAUUCUCAAAGGACCUAAGACAAACAAAAAGUUCAGCAAGACCUGUUGAAAUCAUUAUGACCAAAAAGGGUUGGAAACAAGUUAAAUUCAAGCACUGUGAAAUAAACUGGAACAUUUCUUAUUUAUAUGUAUUAAACAAUACUUUAUGCAAUAGAAUUUUGAUAAUCCAUACAUCUUGGAUCAAGGUUGUGCAGAUUAUAGGUUUGGCUUUGACUUUCCAAUUUAUUUUUUCUUUUUAAUUUAAUUAAAUUUGAACUACUUGCACAUAAAUAACUAGCCAAAUGAUACUUCAGUAAUAAUUUAAUUAGAAUUUAUUUAAUACAAAACUAUUGAUUAUAUUAUAUAUAUAUACAACAAAUAUAUAAUAAUUGAGACAAAAAUAAUAAAUUUGGGGGCUUACAGCUUAAAUUUAAAAUUAUCCAAGUGAUUUUACAGUAGUUUUUCAAUUUCCAAGUUGGUGUAAUCUUUUUCUAGUAAUUUGUUUAUAACAUUUUUUAUCUUGCAUAUAAACUCUACAUAUUAAAUUUUUGUGUGUGUGUGUAUAUAUAUAUAAAGAAAAAUUGACUAUCAAAGUGGAUGUAAAGAAUUCUUUUUGUAAAGAUGUCUCAAAAUGCUUUUAUAUAUAUAUAUAUAAAUGUGUAGUAACUAGCAAAUCUAAAUUCUUUAAGUUAGUCUAAAUUUUUCAAGUUAUGUCCUUAAACAACAGAAAAAAUAGGUAAACACAUAUACUGUUUACAAAAACCUUAGCAUUAUAGCUUUCCCUAAUUUGAAUCUUUUCAAAAAUACCAACAUUAUGUUCCAUACAUAUAUGUUAAUGGAUAAAUAAUAUAAUUACCUUAUAAGAAAUGCUUAGAAAGGAAAUUUUAGAUUCAAUAAAAUAAAAUCUUUCUCAUUUUUUUAUACUUUUGAUUUUUUUUAAUGCCAGAUAAAUUUCUGUAAGGGCUGUUUUAUAGGAAACUAUCCCUAUUUACUGGUGGUGAUGUAAACAAACCAGUAAAUGAAUUGCUUUAAAUUAAAAGUAAAUGUCCAAAAAGCGGUAAAUAAAUUAAUUCUUUUAACUGCAUAAACUCGAUAUUAAAACACCAGAAAUACUCAAAAGUAAUGAUUUAACUACAAUUAAAAAAAUCUGCAAAUUCAUGAUCCUUGAUUACAGAAAGAGAGAAAAUAUUAAAUUAAAUUUUUAAUAAAAAUAUGUUACAGUGAAAUUUUGUUAAAAAUUUUAUCUGCAUAUUUACAAUAGGAAAAAUUACAAUAAAAUUUAUUAUGCUGAAUUUCAGAGAACUGAAAUAUUGUUCAUAUCCAAAAAUGAUCUUAGAUUACAAGAAUCUAGCAUUAAUCAGUUUCAAAUAAUUGAAAUUCUGUAGAUCUAAACAUAUUAUACAUCUAUAAAAUAUAAUUUUAAAUUUAUAUACACAUUUAUACUGUACUACAUUUCAAUUUUAUUUAUUAUUUAGAAAGUAAUAUUUAAAUAAAACAAAAACUGGCUGGGAAGGACAUUGAUCGGUAGUGAGAAGAAGGGGAAUAGAGCAAUAAACAUUCAAAAUCACAGACUUUAGCAUAUACUUAAUUUGUUGUUAGUUAGUGUAAUGUAUAUCUAUUAUUAACUAUUAUGGUUAUGUAUUGAAGAUAUUCUUUUUAGAUGAAAAAGCUACUGAAAGAAUGACAUAUUCGUAAGAGCCACCUACUUCCUGCCCGUCUACGGCAUAUGUUACACUAUCACGAGGGGCUUUCGCCACCCGUAUUGUGGUUAACCGCAGGUAAUUGCUCUUUGUCCAUCAAUGGAGGACUUCCUUAUCAAUCUCUCUCUUCGCCCAUCGGCCUUCUUUCCUUUUAACUUAGCAAAUGCUUAUUCUGUGCUUAUUAUUAUAUUAUUAUUUAAACGAAUAUGUGGAGGUUAUAGCAUUAAUUUGCAAAGGUACUCCGUAACAUUACGCCUUGGUCCUAUUUCCUGCAUACUCAAUAAGUGUUAUGCUCUUUAUCAGUUUGGAAUAUCCAAGCUCAGCAAACUAAUUCUUUUAAGAACUAAACUAUUUUUACUAAGACUGAAUCACAAAGAAGAAGAUACAACAACUGCAGAAAACAUUUAAAUCAUUAUUAACUUUUAAUUUCAGUUAAGGGUGUAUAACGAUGUCAUUAAGAAUGGGUACAUUUCUUCAAACACAGAUUUAAUGAAUACAUAAUUUUAAUAAGGUUUAAUUAAUACACUGAUCAAUUUUGUUCCUAAAUGAUAUGUUUUAUUAUAAUUUUAUUAAAUUAUGUGAGGGAAGAACCAAAUAAUCAGGCUUGUAAUGAAUUACAUAAAAACUUUCUAUUAAUUAAAAUAAUGCUGUAAAUGUUAAUGAAAUUUAUGAACUGAAUAUAUUAAAAAUAAAAUGUAUUUAAAAUGAGAAAAUUAAAAUAAA